GGUGUUCAACCGACAUCGACUUUUCUUCAUGCGGUUGUUGCGACAUAACAGUGGACGAAGGCGACGGGAAAACAACUACACCCAGGUUGAGCGAGGAAAUGUGAAGCCAAACGAGUUUGCACACCAGUCGGGGUAGGACAACAAUAAUAAGCGGCGCAAUCUCAACUUUGCCUACCGACUGGCCUCAUUUGAGUCCAGCUGUCGCGCAUUGUUGCCGCUUAAAGUGCCAGCGUUCGGAAGACGGAAGACUACGACAUUAACGGAUAGCGAAGGCCGCGACGGCAUAUUACUGUGCCGAUAUCUCGCUACCAGGGUUAGGACUAGAAACUGCUGAGCAGCGGCCCGCUUGGGACACGCUACGCUCUCACCGUCGUCAUGCCUUCAACCGCGAUGCAAGCAGCAACAAAAACUGCCACAACCUUCUGCAUCUUGAACUCUAGAGCAGCUGUCAGAGCCACCAGAUAUGCAUCCACCAAGCGAACAGCAAAGCCCCCAACCACACCGGCAACACAACCCACCCCUAGAACAGCAACAGCAAGACCCCCCACAACACCGGCUGAGCAGCCCGCGAGCAACCCCUUACCCAAGCGCGACCCGCCUCCGAAAUGGAAACGCAUUCUCUGGACAGUGUGCUUCGCGGCCGUGACCAUUACAGGGACCAUCUACGGAGCGGGACUCAAGACACAACAGCAGUGGAAGGCUGAAAAGCAAAGGAUCCAGGAGGCCAGCAUAGACGAGAAGGUUUCUAUCCUUGAGCAGCGCAAGGCGGAUUUGCUGAGGCAAAAGGGCGAGAUCGAAGCCAAGUUAGCUAUGCUGCGAGCGAGGAUGGAGGCCACCGCUGCUGCCGCUGCCGCUGCUGGUGGAGGUGGUGAUGAUGAUGGUCACAGUGCUGGUGAAGGGAAGCAGCCUAGUGGGACAGUUAAUAGUAGAGAGAAGAGGUGA